AAACUCUGAGGCGGGGUUUCCACACUACAGGCUGUAGUUAGCAUGUUAACACAGUUAGCCUAGCGCACCAUGGGGUCGGUUCGGGUUGUGUUUAUGUUUUCUGCGCUGUUUAUGGCUUUCAGAUGGACGGAUAUUUCAGCACAGAUCAAUUGUAUUAUGAAGUCGAACACCAGCUGUGCAGAGUGUGUGUCCAAUAUCACAUGUUUAUGGUGCAGCAGGACUCAGCAGUGUUUGGAUUACCCGGUGCGGACUCUCCUCCCUCCGCACAGUCUGUGUCCCCUUAAUGAUGCGCGCUGGGGCAACUGCUGGGUGAACUUCCAGACUCUGAUCAUUACGAUGUGUGUGAUUGGUGGUGUGAUCAUCAUCUCUGUGUUCAUCUGUUGCUUCUGCUGCUGCAAGUGUGAGAACUUUGGAUCUAAGCGUACAAAUGAACAUGUGGAGAGAGAGGCUGAGAUCAGACGAGUCCGACACGGGGAGAGGAAAGCAGAGAUGAGAUCGAGACAUGAUGAGAUCAGGAAGAAAUACGGUCUGAUGAAGGAGAACCCGUACUCCAGAUUUGAGAACAACUAACACAAACUCACAUGCUUACACACACCUCUACUACUGGCGUGCUGAUUUGCUGCUGAAGCAGUGUAAACUCUCUCAUAUUAUUCUGUUGAAUUUUUCUUGUUGUUGUUAUUAUGGUUGUUGUUUAUUAUUGUUAUUUAUGCCAUGCAAUGUUGCUGCAGUUUGUCUCCUGUACUGUGAAGGUGCCACAUUUCUGUCUAUAUGAGAAAUCCUUCUCUCAUAUUUCAGGACUGAAAGAUGUUUUAUUAUAUUUAAUAAUGAUUAUUAAAACUAAUUAUUUUAAAUUAGUUUUAUCACACACAAAGUGCCAUCAAACUGAGGAGCUAUUUCAUGGGCAAUCUGUACACUGAUGCUUUAUAAAAGGAGGAAGUUAAAUAUAAAUACAUUUCUACAGGCAGUGUGUACUGUCUUUACUGUACUUUAGAUCACUUCACUCACCUCACUCCUGCAUUUCACUUUAAUUUUGUACAUAGUUUUUCUGAAAGAUUCUUUGAUUACUAUAUGUAUGAAUAUAUAUUUCUAAAUAAACUGAACAGUGUGCUCUGUUUU